AGUAUGCUUUUGACGAAAAAAAAUAGAACCUCAUGACAGAGGCCCUUCAAAAACAGGAAAUCAUACUUCGCGAAACGGCAAAACCCCAGACUGAAAAUCUCCAAAACCCUAGAAAGCUCAUUUCAGUUCGUCAGCAAUGGCUACUCGGCGUUGCCUUCGAAAUUUAUUACGGCAAUCCCCUUCCUUGAUUGUCUUCUCGAAUCCGUUUCUCAAGUCUCUGAAAAUUCUAAACCCAGUUUUCUUAAAUUCUCUUAGAGCUCUAACCUCUUCUCAAGAUUCUCUCCACAUUUCAACAAAGUUACACUCCCAAUACUCAUUUCUAUCUCGGAACUUCUGUUCCAAGAACACAAAUGGAAAUGAUGAUGGAUCUGGUGAUGAAAGCGAAGAAGCAACUGACGAUUAUAGUGACGACGAGGAGGACAAUGAGAAUGUCCUGGAAGCGGAUAGUAGGCCGAAGAGUCCAGAGGAUAAGAUAAAAGAGGCAGCUGACAUUGGAUAUGAGGUGAUCGGGCCACUUCAGAAAUCCGACCGAGUUUUCAAACCUUAUGAGCCAGUCUUUGCUGUGGUUCAGAUUGGAUCGCACCAAUUCAAAGUUAGCAACGGGGAUAGCAUUUUUGUGGAAAGAUUGAAGUACUGUGAUGUCAAUGAUAAGUUAAUAUUGAGCAAGGUUAUGAUGUUGGGCUCCAAGACACAGACAAUUAUAGGGCGGCCUAUAUUACCUGAUGCAGCUGUUCAUGCUGUUGUGGAGGAGCAUGCAUUGGACGCGAAAGUGAUCAUAUUUAAGAAAAAAAGACGAAAGAAUUAUCGACGAACACGGGGGCAUCGACAGGAAUUAACAAAGUUGAGGAUAACGGAUAUACAAGGGAUUGAAAAACCAGAAGUGAUAGAAGAAGGAAAAGGGAGUGGUUCUAAAACUGCUAACACGGUUUCACUAGCUGUUGCAUAGUAUGCUACAAAUCUCAUCUGUCUUGUUACAAAAUUUGCUCAUAAUUUCCGUUGAGCAUCUUUUGCCAGUGUACAUCUCGGUUUUUCGUUUGAGGUGAUAAGCUCAGAGUAAAGAAGUCAUUUUCAUCAGUCAUGAGGAUUUGUAUUGUUAGCUGUCGUAACCAUGCUUCAUUUUUGCAAGAUAUAUGAUCAUUUACUAGUGAAGCACAAAUUUGUUUGUUAAUCUUCUUGCGGGGAUGCCUGCACGCAAUUCAGCAACAAGAAAAGAAUGAAAAAUGGGUAUUGUAUUUAGUUAAUUACUUCACUUCACUUGGUUUUUAAACAGCAUGUUGCAUCGUUGUGAUAUUAUCUAGAGCAUAGGACCUUCCACUUU